GAUAUUGUCAUUUAUGAACCGGUUCCUGAUGUCUCUGAUCCUAACUGGGAAACAUUUGAUGAUGAUGAACAGGUUGGAACAGGCGUGAAUUACAUGAAACCCGAAACACUACAGUAUUCUACAGCUUUGGAUGUCCUCUAUGAGACUGUGCCCUUCAAGACGGCCCCUGUAUUUAAUCUGCUUGGAGUCUCAGGAAAUGUUUUGCCUGCUGUUGGAUCCUUCCACAAUCCUUGGGAAAUGACUGCUACACUGAUCCUUGGCCAAGGCUCUCAUACUCUUGCCACUCUUACUGGAAACACAACUAUACAGUUUUCUGCUGGCCAAGCUAAUUUUAGUGGUCUAGGUGUGUCACAUGGAGGGUCUGGGUAUCAGAUAUUCUUCGCUGUGACUCAUCCAGCUGAUAGCACAGGCUUCAACAUGACAACACCAGAGUUCUCUGUCCCAAUCACUCCCCUCAGUGCUAAUGUAACAUGCAGUGGUUCAAUGCUGUCCGCU